AUGUAUCGUCAAGUGAAAGUUGCCAACGAAGAUCAACAAUACCAACGAAUCUUAUGGAGAUUCCUUCCAAAACAGCCAAUACAAGAAUACAAUCUUACAACCGUCACGUAUGGAUUGGGUCCAGCAUCAUAUCUAGCUGUUAAAACCCUUCAACAGAUAGCAAUUGAAGGAAAACAAGAAUACUCAGACGCAUUGAAAAUUAUACAAAACGAUUUCUACGUCGAUGAUCUUCUCUCCGGAGCCAGCAAUACAAACGAAGCAUCAAGAUUACAGACUGCCUUGAUAGCACUAUUGAAAACAGGAGGCUGUAAUCUAAGAAAAUUGUCCAGCAACUGUCCCGUACUCAUAGAAGGGCUCCCACAAGAAAUAGUAGAUCAGACUGCCUACGAGUUCACGACAGAAAUGCCCAAGAAAUCUUUGGGAAUCCUCUGGGACCCAACAACGGACACCUUCUCCUUCAAGGUGCAGCGAUGCGAUUCAAAAUUCACAACGAAAAGAACUAUCCUCUCAGAGGUAUCCAAACUAUACGACCCGAUCAGCUGGUUGGCACCGAUUAUAACAAAGGCGAAAAGUAUCAUCCAGAAGCUAUGGAUAAAUGGAACAGAUUGGGAUACUCCAGUUGAUAAUGGAACACAAAGAGAGUGGGACUCACUAUGCAACAAUCUUCAUACGAUUCACCAACUAAAAAUUGAUCGAUGGCUGCAGUGCAACGAGGACAUCGAGUUGCAUGGAUUCAGCGACGCAUCUGAAGCAGCAUAUGGUGCAGUAAUCUACGGGAAGACAACGAGAAAUGGGAAGGUCUCCAUCACGCUUCUUCAUGCCAAAUCUAAGGUCGCACCUGUCAAAUGCAAAGCAACUCUACCAAAAUUAGAGCUAUGUGCAGCGGAAUUACUUGCGAAGUUAUUAACGAAAACAAAAGGGGCAAUGCAAAUGAACAUCACAGCAACAUAUGCAUGGACGGAUUCCAUGAUAACUCUAGCAUGGAUCAAGAGUGACGCCAACAGGUGGCGCACAUUCACUGCCAAUCGAGUGUCCAACAUUCAAAGGCAUUCACAUGCAGUAAAUUGGCGAUAUAUUCCCACUAAGGAAAAUCCAGCCGACAUAAUCUCCAGGGGAAUGCACGCAUCGGAAUUAGUAAAGAACACCCUUUGGUGGAAGGGGCCAACAGCAAUUCAGAAAGACGAGAUAUAUUGGCCAGGACAGCCAAAAAUCGACCAGACGGAAGAGGAAAUCAAAAGAGUUCACACCAUAACACUUAAGGAAAAUGUCACACUGAGUAGAUUCUCGACGCUGCAGAGAAUGGUUCGAAUCUUGCCAUAUUGCCGUUGA